AUUACUGUGUAAAAUUAAUUAGGUUUAAAUGUUGCUAACUUCAAUACUUUGAUAAAUAAUCAGCUAUAAAAUUAUGAGUACUUAUGUUCCAUAACAAAUUAUGUAUUCAAAAACUAAUGAUUGUUUAGAACAUCCGCUUGGUAUAUUGUGCAGAUGUAGAGAAUAUCAAGAAAUACUAAAUAAAUUUAUGUUUUAUAGCAUUGGUUCGCGACACUAUUCAUUGCCCAAGAUGAAUAUAGAACCAGUUUCUUCAGCAAAGGUUUUAUGGGUAAGAAAUCGUGUAAAAUUAAAUGAAGAGUUUUCGAAACCCUUACUUGAUUAUUCUAAAGAAACAUUAGAUGUUAAUGCUCAAAAUGUAGACCAAAUAUGGAUACCUACAGAACCAGACUUAAUACCAUUAAGACUCAUUAAACUACAACCUUGAUCUUAUGUAGUAAAUAAGUUAUCACAGCUAUUUACACGUUCAAAAUAUAUUAAACAAAUAUAUGUAUCUACAAAAAAUAUCCAAAUUAACAAAGAAUAUAUGCUUAAAUUAAUA